AUGACUGCCCCGCAGGAACUCGUGCCCCAGACCGAUUCGAUCGCGGAGGUCUACGCGACCGAUGACGCCUCCGCCACCUCCGCGGCCCCCGAACAUGUCGCUCGAUUUAAUGGCCUGGUCUCCCAGUUUACCAAAGAGUAUAGUCACCGCCCCGACUUUGUCGCGCGGAGCCCUGGCCGUGUCAACAUCAUCGGCGAGCACAUCGACUACAACCUGUACGAUGUCCUGCCCACCGCCGUGAGCGUCGACGUGCUCAUGGCCGUCAAGGUCGUCCCUUCGGCCGGCUCAGAGACCGUGAUCAAGAUCGCCAACGUCAACCCCGACAAGUUCCCCACGCGCGAGUUCACCGUGCCCCGCGACACGGAUAUUGUGAUCGACCCUAAGAAGCACGAGUGGGUGAACUACUUCCGCGCCGGCCUCCUGGGUGCGUUGAAAUUCUUGCGGAAGCAGAAUACCGAUGGCUCCUUCGUUCCCGCGAGCAUGGAGGUGCUGGUGGACGGCAACGUGCCCCCCGGCGGUGGCAUCUCCAGCAGCGCGGCGUUUGUGUGCUCGAGUGCGCUGGCGGUCAUGAAGGCCAACAACCACAACGUGUCCAAGCAGGACUUGCUCGACCUGGCGGUAGUGUCGGAGCGUGCCGUGGGCGUGUACUCUGGCGGCAUGGACCAGGCCGCCUCCAUCUUCUCCCGCCGCGGAUACCUGCUCUACACCCAGUUCUUCCCCACCUUCGCCGUGCAGCACGUCUCCAUCCCCAAGGCCUCCGAGGAGAUCACCUUCCUCAUGGCCCAGAGUUUCGUCACCUCCGACAAGGCCGUGACCGCCCCCCGCCACUACAACCUGCGCGUCGCCGAGUGCACGCUCGCCGCCGUGGUCCUCGCCGCGCACUUCGGCCUGACCCUCCCCAAGGACAACAGCUCCCUCGGCUACAGCCUGCGGAACUUCCAAGAGGAGCUCAUGCGCAAGGAAGGCCGCCUACAGGACCCCCUGGAGUACCAGAUCGACUCCGUCAUCCAAGCCACGAUGGAGCUCCUCCCCCAGGAGCAGGGCUACACGCGCGAAGAGAUCGCCCAAAAGCUCAACAUCACGGUCGCCGACCUCGAAGCCAAGUACCUGUCCUCCUUCCCGGUCCAAGCCGACCGAUUCCUCCUCCGCCAGCGCGCCCUGCACUGCUUCAAGGAGGCCCGCCGCGUGCUGGACUUCAAGGCCUGCCUGGCCAACGCGUCCACCCUCGACGAGAAGCGCAUCCACUACCUGGGCCAGCUGCUCAACGAGUCCCAGCAGUCCUGCAGCGACGCCUACGACUGCAGCGCCCCCGAGAUCGAAGACAUCUGCUCCAUCGCCCGCCGCGCAGGCACCUUGGGCAGUCGGCUCACCGGCGCCGGCUGGGGCGGCUGCACCGUCCACAUGCUGCCGCAGUCCAAGGUCGACGCCGUCACCAAGGCCCUCACGGAGGAGUACUACCUUAAGAAGUUCCCUGAUAUCUCGGAGGAGAAGCUCGCGCAGGCGAUGGUGAUCAGCAAGCCCUCGAACGGGUCGUUCUUGAUCUCGGGCUCCGCAAUCACGCAAGUUGAUGUUUGA